AUGGCGAGGAAAUCCGAGAAAAAUCAAUACUUCACUUUCGAACGUGAUGGUAAAACACUAGAACAGUCAGAAUUGGCCAACGUGUUGAACAGCUUUACACAUCAAUUAAUAAAUUACAUCCCAGCACUUGAUAUUACAACACUACCUGUAUUCUUUCCAGCUGAUGAACCCGCUCCAAUAGUCGAACUGCAUGAAGUAUGCAUGAAACUGCUGGCAAUUAAACCAUUUAAAGCCAGCGGUCCAAACAAUGUCCCUUGACGGAUUUUGAAGGAGUUAUGAACUCGCCGUGCCGUCUCACCAUAGCUGUCUGUUAUCGUUUGAUGUUGAACAAGAAUCCAAUAUUAUAUAUAAUCGGUGAUAUAGUUGCACUUUUCGACUCCAUAAUAUUGGCAGUGAUUCUUUUUAGGGCGCUUUAUACAAUUAAAACUAAAGGAAAUUGUAUUAUUGAAGGAAAAAAAUGACGUGUACUGAUGCCUAAUAUAUUUGAACCUCAGAAUUGAAAAGUGAAACAAUAUUGUAAAUAUUGAAUUGGCCUUUCCAAAAACAUCUUAUAUUUUUUGUUCCAACUUGUAUGUUGUCUGUGAAUUAUUACAACUUUUGUUUUGUUUCGUGUUACAGUAGUAAGUGUAUAGACAUGUCUACAACUAUAACCAAAACCUAAAUUAACAUGAUAUUUUUGUACUUUUCACUAGAUAGCGAAUGUUUAUCCUGACAAACCAUUUCAUGUUUCGCGCACAAGAAAAAAGGAAUUGUACAAUAUUGAAUUAUUGUUCUCUACCAUGACUGAUGAUGAAGAUGUUGUUAGAACUGUUUAUCUGACAGGUCAACCUGGAUCUGGGAAAACAGAGUUAGCUCGACAAUAUGGUGACCAGUUUAAAAAUGCGACAUCUGCCAGUGAUACCUCAAAACAUUUGGUGAUUACAUUGAAUGCCAAUUCAGAAGAAUUUUUUAUGAAGUCUGCUAAAGAAGCUGUGCGAAAAUUACAAUUGUCAGUAUGUAUGGAGCUAACAAAAAAAAGUCUUAAAGAACUGAUGAAAAACCUGAGAGAUUAUUUCCGUGGCUACAGUAGUGCUUGGCUUCUUAUCAUUGAUGACAUGUUUGAAAAGAAUCAUUUCAAUUAUUUAUUUCCACGACCUGGUGGCAAGGAAUGGGGUGGUGGCCAUGUCCUUGUCACAACACAAGAUAAUAAUCUCGUACCAGCCGGUCAUUUGUUUGCAAAGAAAUUGUCCUUGAACGAGGGGAUGACUAAAGAAGAUGCCGUUGCAUUGCUGAAGGAGAUCAGUGAUGUUGAAGUUGAUGCUUUUGCUGAAGAAAUUAUUGAUGAGCUACAGUCUCUUCCUCUUGCUUUGGCGUGGUGUGCAACAUAUGUUGGAGAAACAAGACAAGAUCGUCCUUCAAUACAGUUUGGAUGGAAAGAAUAUUUAGACCUGUACCGUGAAAAUGCUCAUCUUCAAUCCCAAACAUUUUCCAAUCACAACGUAUAUCCUUUAUCUAUGACGGCUGCUACUACGAUGGCUGUGAAGCGAAUGGCAGAAACUAGUGAUGUUCUACGACUGACAUUUUCGUUUCUUUCGUAUUGUGAGUUGCUUCCAGUUCCUUUGAAUGUACUAGCACACCACGUUUUGGAAAAUCUAUCAGUCCAGAAUGAUAAACAGCCUACAACAAAGGAAGAAAUUAAAAACGAGAUUUCAAGAUGCACACUACUCGUUCACGGACGGUCACAGAACGUUGAAACAAUAAAAUAUCAUCAGGUUAUUCACAGUGCUUUUCAAAGUGUAGAAAACACAAAACCUGUUGAGCAGCGGGAACUUGAAUUUGUCAAAAUGAUGAAAUCUCUGAAUGAGACACUAGAUUUCAUGGACAAUACGUAUAAAGAAGACGUACUUCUUAAAGUCCUUGUGAAGCCACACCUGAAGUCAUUUGUUGACCAAUUUGCCUACAAACGGGGUCAAAAUUGCACUAUGGCAUUAAUUAAGUGCUACCACAAUUGGUUAGAGUGGCUGGAUGGCGAUGCUGAUUUUGUUCGGGUCUUUACCUUUGAUUUUAAAAAGGCCUUUGAUUAUGUCUCACAUUACAUUUUAUCUGAGAAACUUAAAGCACUGAAAGUAAAUCCCUACAUCAUCAAUUGGAUUAUCGAUUUUCUUUCAGAUAGAAGACAAAGAGUUACGGUGGAUGGGAUAACAACAGAAUAUGUAAAUAUUAACAGAGGUGUUCCACAAGGAUCAGUUCUUGGUCCUGUGCUAUUCAGUAUAAUGGUUACUGAUGAUAUUGGUACUAUUUAUGAGGAGAAGAGUUUGAUGACUAAGUUCGCAGAUGACUUGACUCUGAGUGUCCCGGUUAAAGCAAAUGGGUUCGAUCCUUCAUCUGAUGAGAUUGCUAAUAUUCAGAAAUGGUCGUUUGAAAACAGCAUGUCCUUAAACUUAGAAAAAACCUGGGAAAUGGUAGUACGAGGGAAAACCAACAAAUCCCUUCCUUUACCGAUAUCAGGAAUUGAAAGAAAGAAUGAAUUUAAACUGUUUGGUGUAACUUUGAAUGAAAAUCCAUGCAACUGGGACACACACAUAGACUCCUUGCUUCAAAAAGCUGGUUCACGUAUGUACAUUCUGAGAGUCUGCAAAUUUUAUGGUUUCCCAAUGAAAGAUCUAGAAAUGCUAUUCAACAGUCUUAUAGUUUCACUUUUCUUCUACGCUAUUGAAGUGUGGGGUGGAGCAUUUCAAAGUAAAUAUCUAAGUCGAAUAGAUAAUUUUUUUAAACGAGCAGUACGCUAUGGAUACACGACAAAAGCCCUAACCAUUAAUGACAUAAUUAACGAUAGAGACAUGAAAUUAUGGAAAUCUAUCACGGAUAAUUCGAACCAUUGCCUAUAUGACUUGCUUCCACCAGAAAGAACAAGGCAAUUGCGAAACCGUGGACAUAAUUACAUUUUACCACGUAUACGCACUGAGCGUUUUAAGAGUAGUUUUAUAAACAGGUGUCUUUUUAAAUUUAUUUAAAAUUGUAUCAUAUGUAUAUACUAUAUAAGAAUCGGUCAAUGUUGUAAACUCGCACGUUUUGUUGCGCAGUAUGACUUUAAAUAAAGACUUCUAUCUAUCUAUCAUGCCAAUUAUAUGUCCUGGAAUGAUACCGCGGAAUUUGUCCUGAUUUCCAUGAAAGAUGGUCAGUUUCUUUUGUCAACAUCGAAUAUGCCCGAUGAAAGCGCUAUCAAGAGUCUGGAAUUGCUGUAUAAGAUUUCUUUAGAACUUGACUUAUGCGACGAGCUAGAGUCGUUGCGAUAUAUUGGCCAGCCUUGGCUUCUAUUAUCUAGAACUAGAACGUGAUGAAGAUGCUUUGAAUUUUUUAUGUAAAGCUUAUUCCAUGACGGAGGGUAAAAGUGAGAAAGAAUGGUUGUUGUUAAGAUGUCGUAUUUCAUUUAACUUGGCGCGGACGUAUUGCAAAGCGGACAGUAUUGACCUUGCCAUAGAGAUGAUGAAGACGUCAAUCGAAUUAGCCAAGAAAGUCUAUGUCAAUGAAGAAGACAAAAUUAUGAACAGGUUUGUUUGCCUUGCUGGCUUUUACCUUUCGUGGGAUAGAUUUUGGAAACUGGCUGAAGUGGUGGGUGAAGCAACGGAAUUUUUAAAUAGUUGUUCGGCAGAUUGUGUUAGUGUAAAUAGAGCACGAAGUUUAAAUUACUUGGCGAUCGUAUAUUCGUACAAUUGUGUGUUUUUUUCAGAUUGA